AUGAGUAAUACUUGUAACAAUAUUGUCGAUCUGAUCAGAAGCAAAAAAGAACUUCUUACAGGUGAAAAAAAGAUGAGGCAAAAAAGUUGUAAGAUAGAAAGAAAGGAUAUAGAUAAUGAAAGUGAUAAAAUGAUAGAUAAAAAUAUAUUAAUAAAUAAUUUUUUAAACUCAGAAAAACUUAUAAAAGAAAUACAAUUAUUGAAUAAUAUAUCAUUCAGAAGUGCUACAUAUUUAUUAAAAAUAGAAAUUGAAAAAAUAGAAAAAUUAAUUACUUGUAAUAAUUGGAAACAUGUUCCUUCCAUAUAUAAAAAAUCAGCCGAAAAUAUUUUACUAAAAAAAAAUGAAUAUAUAAAAAAUUUAAAAACAAAAUUGUUGAAUAAAAAUAAGGCAUAUAAUAUUAUUCAAGAUCAUACCAAAAAAAAAAAUAAAAGUUCUUCUCAAAAUGAAAAUAAUAUAAACAAUGAUAAUAUAAACAAUGAUAAUAUAAACAAUGAUAAUAUAAACAAUGAUAAUAUAAACAAUGAUAAUAUAAACAAUGACAUUAUAAUCAAUGACAAUAUAAAUGAUAACAAUAUUUAUAAUAAUAAUAAUAAUAAUAUUUAUAAUAGUUGUUAUAAUUUGAUUAAUAAAAAUGAAGAAAAGAAAUUCUCUACACAUUUAAGUUCAUUGUCAAACUCCUCAUCUCUGUCAGCAUAUUCUUCUACAACAAAUACUUCUGGUGAUUCUUCCUUCUCAAACACACAUAAAGAAAACAAUUUUUUUUCUAAUAUAAAUUGCAACUCUUAUUUGAAAGGAAACACACAAACAAAAAAAAAGUUAGAUAAUCAUGCAUCUAAGAAGACACAAAAAAGAAAUGACAAAAAAUAUAACAUAAGAGGAGGUAACAUAAGAGAUGACAAAAAAAAAAAUAUAUAUAACACCAAAAGAAAAGAUACUAACAUUAUAAAAUUAAAUAACAAACAUGAAAUAAAAAACAAUGAAUGUUAUUAUUAUGAUGAUGAACAGAAUGUAGAUAGUUAUAAUGGUUUAUGUUAUUCAAACAGGAAGAAUAACAUAUUUUGUUUUUCAAACAAUCAAGAAAAUCAAAAAGAUGAUAGAAUAAAUAUAGAAACUAAUCAUAAUUAUAUGAAUAAUAAUACAUAUAAUAAUAAUAAUAAUAAUAUACAUUCUUAUGUUCAAAACAGAUGUGGUGACAAAUCUUGUAACCAUCAAACUAAAGAACGAAGAAAAUUACAUACAAGCAAUCUAAUUAAUAAUAUACAAACAAAUAAUGAGAGAGAAGAAGAGAAGAAAUGCUCUUCUGUUUUUUCUAUAAAUAAUCCACAGUGUUUUACUAGAAAAUUUAUCAAAUCAGCAAGUGUAUGUAAUUUUUCUUGUGGUAAUUUUUUUAAUAAUUCAAAGGAUGAAGAUAUAUAUAAUAACAAAAUAAUAGAAAAUGAAUGUUUUAAUUUAAAAACAGGUACAAAUGUAUCAACAAAUAAUAAAAAAAAAAUCAUACCAAAUUUUGAAAGACAUACAGUUUCUUCUUUUAUAAAAAAUUUAAGUGCUCAAAAAAGUUUACAAGAAAAAAUUAAUAAUCAUCAUAUGAUGAUAAAAAAAAAAAUGUAUGAAAAUAAAGAAAGGAGAACUAGUACAAAUACAUGCUGCACUACCUUAUGUGGACCCCUUACAAGAAUAGAAUUACAAAAAAAUUCUAUAAAUGAUAUAAAUUAUAUAGAUGAUAUGGAUGAUAUAUAUAAUAUGAAUAAAUUAAAAUGCAUACAACAUAAUAAUAAUAUAAAACAAAAGAAUAAUCAUACAAAUGAAAGAUGUGAAGAUGGAAUAUGUAAUAAUUAUGAAGAUUAUAAUAUGGAUGAAAAUAACAUAGAUUUAAACAACAUGCAUAAAAAUUAUAUUAUUGAUGAUAAAAUAUUAGUUUAUAAAAAAUUAUUAAACAAUGUUAUGAACAAGAAAAAUGAAAAAUAUAAUAUUAGAAAGAAAUCAAAAUUCUCUAUAGAAAAAAAAAUUGAUUUAUUUCAUAUGAACUCAUUGAAUGAAGAUUAUUCGUGGGUCAAAAGUCUAAGAAAUUAUAAUAACACACAAGAAAAUAAAAAUGAAAAGAUAAAUGAAAAGAUAAAUAAAAAAAAAAAUGAAAAAAAAAAUGAAAAAAAAAUAUCUUUACAAAAUAUUAGUUUGAUAUCAAAAAAAUCGUCUAAGAUAUUAAAUAAUUCUUAUGAUGAUAAUAAUGUUAUGAUAAAAGAAAAUCAAAAAAUCAAUCAAACAAACAAAAAAUCAAACAAACAAAACAAAUAUAUAUCUACAUCCAAAUUAAAUAAUAAUAAUAAUAUUAAUCUAGAACAUAAUGUCAAAGGGAAUUGUCACUCUUAUAAUCAUAGUGUAGGCAAUAUAUAUCCUCUUAUGAAUAAUUCAUUAUAUAUGGAUAUGAAAAAAGAAAAUGUAAAACAAAAAAAUGUAAAACAAAAAAAUGUAAAACAAAAAAAUGUAAAACAAAAAAAUGUAAAACAAAAAAAUGUAAAAAAACAAAAUGUAUAUAUAGAAGAUACAACAAAUUUCAAAAAUGAUUUAGAAAAUUAUGAAAAUGACAAAAAAAAAAUAUUAAAUAAUAAUGAAAAUUAUAACAAUAAUAAUAUUCUUCCAAAUAAUUAUCAUAGUAAUAAAGACAUGUGGUCAGACAAACAUAUAACAUUUCCUCGUUUAUAUGAAAAUAAUAAUUCUUUAUCAUGUAGUCAUCAAAUUAAUUUAGAAGAUAAAAUGCCAUUAAAAAAAAUUAACCACCAUAAAAGUGAUAUGAUUCAAGAGAGUGAUCAACACAUGCAAUAUUUAUUAAAUAAUAAUAAUAAUAAUAAUAAGGAAGCUAAAUAUUUUGAGCUUUUAAUAUCAUCCCCCCAAAAAAAUAAUAUACAACCAUAUGAACAAUCUAGUUGUAUGAAUACAUCAAAUAUUGAUUAUAAUAUAACAGAUGAGCCUAUUACUGGUUGUAUGAAUAAUAUAUUUACUAAUAAUAAAAGAAAAAAAAGUAAUAACAAUAAUAAUAAUAAUAUUAAAUAUGUUAAUAUUAAACUACAAGGUAAUAAACUAACGUUAAAUGAUAAUUCGUAUAUAAAGAAAAACGAAUCUAAUCAUAUAACCAAAGAAAAUAAUAUUCACAUAAAUAAUAAUAAUAAUAAUAACUACAUCCAUAAUCAUAUAUAUAACAAUACAUGCAGUAAUCAAAAUAUUAAUUAUAUACAUUCCUUAUCAAAGGAUAUAUCCAAAAAAACAAAUGAAAAAACCUCAAACAUUUUAAAUAUGAAUAAAUAUGCUACAAAGGAGGAGUAUUCUCAAAACAAUGUAAAGGAAAAAGAUCAGAUAUUUCAAGAAACAAAUAAUUUCCAAAAUUUUAAUAAUAUAAUAUGUAAUAAAAUAAUAGAUACACCUUUAAAAAAUAUGUCAUUUAAUAAUAAUAUAUCAGAUAAUAUAGAUACAAAUCCAGAUGAAUUUUCAGGUACCAAAACUUUAAGCAUCUAUAACAAUCAUCUAAUCAAAGAGAAUGAGAAUAAUGAUAUGUAUGAAAAUAUAACUAAUCCAUUGACCUUAUCAAAAGAAAAUAAAAAAAUGAAUACCAUAAAUAUAAAUCAAUACAACAAUAAUGUAGAUACUUUUCAUAAUUUUAAUGUAUCUAAAAAGAGUCAUACAACAAUAAUACCAAAUUAUUUACAUAAUAAAGAUAAAAGUAAUAAUAAUAAUAAUAAUAAUAUAAAUAUUGUUCAUACUAAUAACAUUGUUCUUUUCAAAAAAAAUUAUCUUGAAGAAGAAAAUAAUACUUUUAAUAACAACAUUAAGAAUAAUCAAUUUAUUUUAAAUGAUCAAGAAAAACAAAUGAGCAAUAUAAAAAACGAUAUAUCUUUUAAUAAAAAUAUUUUUAAUCCUGAACAAGGUAAUUAUAAUAAUGAACAUGAAGAGACACAAACAGAUAUAAAUAUAAAAGACAAUAAAAAUUCAAUUCAUAUAAAUAAUGUUAAUAAUUCAAAUACAAAAAAAGAAUCUGAACUCUCAUAUAAUAACAAUGAUUUUAUUUUUAUAAAAAAUUCUAUAAAGAUACCUAAAUUAAACUUGCAUAAUAUUAAAAAUAAAAAUGAAAAGAAAUUUAAUUCUUAUCAAAUAAAAGAUAUAAAAGAAAUAAGAGAAGUGUCACAUAUUCAUAACAAUAAAGAUAUAUCGUGUGAUAAUAAAAAACAUGAAGAUUAUUUAAAUAUCACAAGUAAUUUACAUUCCCCUUUUGAAGAAAAAGAAAAUAAAAAAUAUAUGUAUACAUCUAAUGAUCAUAAUAAUCAAUACAGUGAACAAAAUUUUUCUAAUAAAGAUAUAGUCGAUUUUAAAAUAUAUAAACAAAAUAAUAUUAAUCAAUUAAGAAAAUCAAAAACAACACCUAUCGAUAUUGAAAAUAUUUCUUCUAAUAAUAAUAAGGAUAAAAAAGAUUUUAAUUAUAAAAUACCAAAUGACAACGUGAAUGUUAAUAAAAAUAUAAAUAAUUAUUCUUUUAAUGAUACAAAGAAUAAAUUUCAUUAUUUUAGUUACGACAAAGAAAAUGUAUUAAAAACAAACUGUUUUACUUGUUCAACUACUACACAAGAUAAAGAUAUUUAUAAUAAUGAUAAUAAUUCUUUUACUUGUAAUAAUAUUUUUUAUAGAAGACGUCCUAGUAACUUAUUAAAUUCUUGUAUAUUUAAAGAGGAUGAAGAGGGGGUAAGUAGGAUCAAGAACAGUGCAAAUGAUGAAAUGUUUAAUGUGGACAGAAAAAAGGAAGAUGACGACAAAGAAGGGAAUAAUAAUAAUAAUAAUAAUAAUGAUGAUGAUGAUAAUAAUAAUAAUAACAACAACAACAAUAAUAAUAACAACAAUAAUAAUAACAACAAUAAUAAUAACAACAAUAAUAAUAAUAAUAACAAUAAUAAUAACCACAAUAAUAGUAAUAAUAAUAAUUAUAAUUCUGAACAGCAGAGUAAUAUAAAAAAUGAUAAUAACACAAAUCAUCAUUUGACAGAAAAAAAAAAAAAUGUAAACAAAUCUUUUACUAGUAUGAUUUUAAACUUUUUUGGAUUAAAUUAUGAUAAUGUAGAGGAAAAUAAGAAAUCAGAAAAUGUACAUGUAAACAUUAUGAAUACAAAUAAUAAAUCUAUGAAUAAUAAAAAUAUUGGUCAUAUAAUUACUAACAAUGUAAGUAAAGAUACAUAUAAUAUGUCCACAUAUAUAAGAUCUAAAUCUGCUACUUAUAAUAACAUAUCAAAAAAUGAAGAAAAAAAAAAAAAAGAAAUUUAUAUAUUACAUCCAAAUAAUUAUAAAUCAAGUAAUAUCAUAAACUUAUCAAAAGAUUCUGCAGUUCCUUUUCCACCUUUAACAUUUAUAAGAAAUAAUAUAAAUAAAAAAAAAAUUGCAUCAUAUAAUAAUUCCAUUCAAGGUUUAACAACAAAUCAAUAUAAAAAUCAUAUUCAACCUAAUAUGAAUACACAUAUACAAAAAAGAAAGACAUGUGAUAUUCCUUCAAUUUCAAAAAAUGCAUCAAUUAAUAAUUUAUCAUAUAAUAAUGUCUAUAAACAUAUUAAUCAUUCUGAUCAUAUGCAAAAUAUAAAUACAAAAAAUUCAUACAACCUUGAAAAAGAAGAGACAAAAAAACAAUAUUUUCAAAAUGGUUAUAUAGAUAAAGACAAUUGUGAUAAACAAAUUAAAUUAGUCUCUUCAUAUAAAAUGAACGACACAUUGAACAAUAACAAAAAUUAUAAUAACAUGUAUGAUAUAAAUAAAAGUGAUAACAUAAGUAAUAAUGACAAUAUAAAUAGUAAUCAUUACAGUUAUAUCCAUAAUAAUAAUCUAGUAUCUAUAAAUCCAAUGAAAGAAAAAGAAAGUGAUAAUACAAAUUAUAUCCCUCAAUCACCUACACAAUAUAAUAAACCUUAUAAUAUGAACAAUGUUUAUAAUAACAAUAAUAUUAAUAAUAUAAAUAAUAUAAAUAAUAUUAAUAAUAUUAAUAACUAUUGUAAUAGUGAAUAUUUCAAAAUAAAUAAAAAAGGUGAUAGUAAUCAUAAUAAUCAAUAUUCAUUAAAUAAACCAGAAAAUAUGUCUUCUAAUUUUUUAAAGAAGACUUAUAAAGAAAAUAAAAAUGAACAAGUAAACAAUAAACUCUCAUAUAUAAAUGAUACUAUAUCUAAUAAAUCAACAAUCGAUACUCCAUCUAUUAAAUAUGAAGAAAAAAAAUUACCAAUAAAAAAUUUAAAUAAUAAUAUAGACGUAGUCUUGAUAAAUAAUAAUUUAGCUGAAAAUACAAAUGUGAAUAAUAUAAUUAAUAAUAAAAAUGGAUAUCCUAUGAACCAAUCCAAUAUUAAAUCAUAUAGUAAUAGUAAUAAUAAUAAUAAUAAUAAUAAUAAUUUUAUAAAUCACAUACACAAUGUAAAUAAUAUACCUCAACAAUUAUCAAAAAAUAAAGAGAAUACUAUUAUGAAUAGUCAUAAUAAGGAUAAUGCUAUUGUCAAUCAAGAAAAAGGACACUUCAAUACAUUAAACUUAAAAAAUGAAAUGAAUCAACAAUAUUUUACAAAAGAACAAUUGUUUAAUUUAGAAAGAGAUCAGUUAGAUCAAGCACGUGAAAUGAAACACGAUGUGAAACAAAAAUAUCCAACUCUUAAUAUGGUCUCUAAAGAGGGAGGGGCAUAUAAUGUUAUCAACAAAGAAAAAGAAAGUAAAAUGAAACAAGGUAAGGAAAUAGUUAUGAAGGGGGAAGAAGAGUUUAAAGAUGAUGAAGAGGAAGUGGAAGAUGAUGAUGAAGAGGAAGUGGAAGAUGAUGAUGAAGAGGAAGUGGAGGAUGAUGAAGAAGAAGAAGUGGAGGAUGAUGAAGAAGAAGAAGUGGAGGAUGAUGAAGAAGAAGAAGUGGAGGAUGAUGAAGAGGAAAUGGAGGAUGAUGAAGAGGAAGUGGAGGAUGAUGUAGAAGAAGAAGUAGAGUAUGAUGAAGAAGAAGAGGAAGAGGAAGAGGAGGAUGAUGAAGAGGAAGUGGAGGAUGAUGUAGAAGAAGAAGUAGAGUAUGAUGAAGAAGAAGAGGAAGAGGAAGAGGAAGAUGAGGAAGAAGAAGAUGAAGAGGAAGAGCAAGAGUUAGAGGGUGAUGAAGAAGAAGAAAUAGAGGGUGAUGAAGAAGAAGAAAUAGAGGAUGAUGAAGAAGAAGAAAUAGAGGGUGAUGAAGAGGAGGAAGAAGAAGAAGAAGAGGAAGACGUUGAAAUAGAAGAUGGUGAAGAGGAGGAAGAAGAAGAAUUAGAGGGUGAUGAAGAAGUAGAGGAUGAUGAAGAGGAGGAAGAAGAAGAAGAAGAGGAAGACGAUGAAAUAGAAGAUGAGGAAGAUGAAUAUGAAGAAUAUGUUGAAGAAGUAGAUGAUGAAGAGUUAGAAGAUGGGGAAGAUGAAGAGGAAGAGGAAGAGCAAGAGCAAGAGCAAGAGCAAGAAUUAGAAUGUGAUGAAGAAGAAGAGUUAGAGGGUGAUGAAGAUGAAGAAGUAGAGGAUGAUGAAGAUGAAGAAGUAGAUGAUGAUGAAGAUAACGAAGAAGAAAUACAAGAAAGUUAUUGUAAAGAUCAAGACACAAUAAUGAAACAACCCUACAAUACAUUUGAAGAAGAAAAAAAUAAUAUAAGUUUCAUUGAUACUCAUUACAAAAAGAUUCCUUUUUAUAAUAAAUCAAUAGAAUCUGUAGGUAAUUUGAAAAGCUUAAAUACUCGUAAUGUAUACGAAAAAUCCCCUAUAGUAAACCAGAACUUAAAUUCAUGUACUAUGAUCUAUAAAAAUGAUAAGGAAGAAAAUAUGGAAUCAUAUGAAAAGAAUGAUAACAAAACAAAUACGUUAAAUGUCUUAAAUUUAAAAGAAAUAAGAAAUGAACAAGAAAAUAUAUUUAACAAAAAAGAUAUUGAAAAUAAUAUAUCAUUAAAAAAAACAAUAAGUGAUUGUGAGUUGUCAAAAUCAGAAAAUACUUUGACAGAUGAAGAAAAUUAUGAUUCCAAUUAUUAUAUAAAUAAAAACACUUCAAAAUAUAAUAUGGAUAAAAAAGAAUAUGAAACAAAUAAUCAACAAAAAAUAUCAGGAAAAGAUGUUAUUAAUAUAUCAUCAAAUAUGGAUAAAUUAAAUAAUAAAAAAGAUUUUUAUGGAAACGAUAUCUCAACUCAAAAUAGUUCUGAGAAUUUCUCUUCUUUUGAAAAACCAGUAGAAAUAAAUAAUUCAAACUAUAAUCUUUGUAAUAAAUAUUUAAAUCAUGAAAAGGAUCAAGAAAUAAAUAGUCUACAUAAGUUAAAUGAUAAUAAUGUUACAGAUAUAUGUUAUAACAAUAAUAAUUCAUACAAAUACUUUGACGAAAUUGCAAAAGAAAUGGAAUAUUCUAAAAACAAUAAUGACGAUUUAAAAAAAAAAUUACAAGAACAGAUACUUAUACAACGUGGUCUCUUAAAGAUAAAAGAACAGCAACAAGUAUAUUUGGAACUUUUGAAAAAAAAUGACAUAAGACAACAUAAGGAAAAUAUGCAUAAUAUAAUAUAA